UCCAAUGUUGAUUCCGGUUCACUUUUUACUGUACGUGCAUUUACCUGUGAUUGCGAUUACAAAGAGUGCUUUUGAACAAACUCACGUAAAGGUAUCGGACUGUUGAUUACGAUACGCAUUUCUGUGUUCCCGUCUAGUGAAUUUCGCAGAAUUUGGAAGCCCACACCACAGCCCACAACACCACAACAACAUGGAGGAACGUACCGGAACGGAAAGGAUUUAUGGUGGGUGCGAGGGGCCGGAUGCAAUGUACGUGAAGCUCAUCUCAUCAGAUGGACACGAAUUUAUAGUAAAGCGCGAACACGCACUGACCUCCGGUACAAUUAAAGCCAUGCUGUCCGGUCCGGGACAGUUCGCCGAAAAUGAGGCCAAUGAAGUAAACUUCAGAGAAAUACCCUCGCACGUCCUGGAAAAGGUCUGCAUGUACUUCACCUACAAGGUACGAUACACGAACAGCUCGACGGAAAUACCGGAGUUCCCAAUUGCGCCGGAAAUUGCAUUGGAAUUACUGAUGGCCGCUAACUUUCUCGACUGCUAGGAACUAGUGUUAUGGUUUAGGUUUGGUUUUUUUUAUUGUUUUCUUGUAUAAGCUGGAACAUCGGAAGGAGUGAAUAAAUAUGUACUGAUAACAUUCACAAG